AUGAAGGCUUUGCAGACCUGGCUGCUGUGCCUGCUGCUGCUGUGCCUGGCUCUGAAAGGGGCUGCCGGCCAAGCCCACCAGCAUUCCAUGGAGAUCCGCACCCCGGACAUCGACCCCGCCUGGUACACGGGCCGCAGAAUCAGGCCCGUGGGACGCUUCGGCCGGAGGAGAGCGGCCCUGAGGGACGUGGCGAAGCCCAGCCUCUGGCGACAGCCCGCCUGCUUCCCCCUGCAAGGAGGUGCCGAGCCCGCCCAGGAUGGGUGA